AGGAAUUCAAACACGAAGGGGAGAAAUGCCGACGAAAUAUCAGUGUACUGUGCUUGGUUUCUCAUUUGUUUUGAUUUAAAAUCGGCAGAUUUUAGUUGGGUUCGGCUUCCACACUGGGCACACGUAAUCAACUGAUUCCAGCUCCUUUCAGUCGGUAGUUUCUGAAUUUCUUCUUUCUUCAACUCCAACUGCACCUCCAAGUCACUAUUCAUAAGCAGAGUUCUCGCUGGCGCUGUGGGAAGCUUCCAUAAAUCGAUAAUUCAAUACGUAAUCAUAUUGUCCUCCCGUAGCAAUUGGAGAACUGGGGAUUUGGUUGCUUGGUAACUGGGAUGCUGCCCAUGAGGGAUAUGAUAAGGUUGAUUUUUGGAGCUAAUUCCUUUCAUGGGUAUGUAAAUGAAGAAGUUUUCAUGAUGUGAAAAAGUAGUUGAAUACCUCCGCACAACUCUGGUACCGAAGCAUGGAUUGGAAAAUGGUGCCUCCUCUCUCUGUCAGCUCAAACCUGAGACAGCUUGAUCGCACUUUUACGGGCACAGAAAGGCCAGCAAAUGUCUCCAUUCAGACGGGAGAAGAAUUUGUUUUGGGGUUCCUACAAGAGCGCGGAGCAUUUCCAAGAUCCUAUGAACCAUCUGCAUCAAGCUGCCAUAUUAUAGCCGAUGCAAUUGGUAGCAGCAAUCUGUCUUCUGAUUUGGUUGACAAGGCUGUGCUUGGUGUUCCCUUCAUGGGAUUCAAAGGUGCAUCCGAGCCUUUGACAGUUGCAGGAGAAACUAUGCUGCAUUCUAGAGUAUCAGGGAAUCAGGGAUAUCCUAGAUUUGCAAACAAAGUGAACAAAGAGUCAGCAGAAAAUGCAUUGAGAAAUUUGUCCGGUGAAGGCAGCAGUAGAGGUCAGGUUCAUCGCUUUCCUCUUACAGAUGGUUAUUCUGUUCUUGCUGAAUAUGGUUCUGAUGCCAGUGCUUCUGAUUCUGCUUCCGAGAAUUCAUUGUCGGGGAAGAUCAAGCUUAGGUGCAGCUAUGGUGGUAAAAUGUUGCCAAGGCCUUGUGAUGGAAAACUUAGAUAUGCUGGAGGUGAUACUCGAAUUGUAAGGAUUAAAAGAAAUAUUUCCUUUCAGGAAUUCAUGAAGGAAAUGUUGGCAGUUUAUAAUCAAGUCUGUCUGAUCAAGUAUCUGUUGCCUGAAGGGGAUUUCGAUGAACUCAUUUCUGUCAGUUCUGACGACGAUCUUCAGAACAUGAUGGAGGAAUGGAGUAGUAGUGCAGGAGAGGUUGAAAGCUCUCACAUGCCAAGGGUUUUUCUCUUUUCCCUGAGUGACCUAGAGUAUGUUAGUCUCAUCAACGGUCACCCCAGGUAUUAUAGUAGUCACUGUAACCAUUAUGUUGCAGCUAUUAACGGUUUAGCUGAACCUGGGUAUGGCACACAAGGUUUAGCUUCCACAACAAGAACUUAUUUGAAUGACACAGUCACUGUCAAUAGUGCAGGUGAGAGAGUUGAAUCACAUAUUGUUUCUUCUACUUCAGCAUCUGACAUGCUUCUGCCUGCAUCAAACGAACUCUUUCAUACUGCACCACCAAAUACUGCUGCAGAUGCUGCAAUUUCUUCCAAAGGGAUUCAGUAUGGUAUAUUGAAUCGACAGGAUUCAAAUAGACAAUUUUAUUUUGAAAAUGCACCUCAUUUUGUAUUUCACGAGCCUCAUUUACUCUCAUUUAUGGAUCCUCUUGUGACCGGCCACCAUAUGGACAGUAGAAAGGUAACACCAGCUGAACAAGUGAACAAGCUAAGUCAACGUUCUUACUGUCCACAUUUAAAAGAACCCCUACAAGUUGGUCCAUCUCAGAUGCUACUCUCUCCUCAUGUUUCUGAUUUUCCUGCCCCAUCCUGUCAAUUUAAGGAAGCACACUUUGGAGAGGAAGAUAUCAAACUUGAUGGUAGACCAGUUGCAGCUCAGGGAGAUUAUAAUACUAGUGGUUGGGACUCAGAAAACAGGGUUCAUCAUAUGAAUCAACAACAUGAUGGUGUGGCACUCACAGGCCAUAACACUGGGAACAAUGAUCUUCACUUAACUAAGCACUUGGGAGGAUUUCCACUUUCAAUUUAUCACAAAGCUGAUGAAGUCACAGUUGCUUCUACUCUGAAUGGAGGCACCAAGUCCUUAUCCUCAGAACACCCAAAGGCCUAUAGGCCUGAUCCUCGACCACCUCAUUCUGUCUAUGCCGGUCAAGCCCAUGAAGCUGAGGGUAAUCACCUUGAUGAUGAUUAUGGUGAUUCAUAUGGAAGGGUUAUUACUCAACAAGAAAAAAUUGAGACAAGGUAUAGCUAUUUUGAACCGACGAUGCUCCCGACGCACAUCUUUCAGUCUGGGAGGAUUAUGCAAGCACACAUGGAUUCACUGGCCAGAUUUUCAAAAUUUGAGGAUUCUGCUUGUUCUUCUAACUUGAUGCAUGUGCAGCAGUGGGAGCCUAUUAUGGAACCCACAACUGGUACGGUGCAUAGAGAAAUUUUUGGUGCAUUGCGGCCUUCUUCAGGAAUGGACCUUGUACUUGAGGGCAUAAUGAUGCACUCUCAACAACUUAAAACUUUUCCUGGGUCACUCACCCAAAAGGCAAAGCAUGAGAUGUUGGAGGCUCCCAGUUUGUCUCAAUUUCCUGAGGUCCCAGUUUGGAAGGAACCCAUGGUUGGUAACCACUUAUAUGACCUUGGAGAAUCUAGUGUGGAGUCUGAAAAAUCCUUUGCUGAAGCAGCACAUGAGCACACUAAGGAGGGAGGAGAUGCAAAAAAUGAAGUAGCGUUCUAUGUUGAGAAAUCCUCACUAGAACACCUGGUAACUACAGUGAGCAGCGAACAUCAUUUUGUGAAAAAGGAGCAAGUUCACCAAAAUGCUGCUGCACAUUUAUCAGAAACGGUGCCCAACAAUGCCUAUAAUGUUUCUAAGGAACACAACACUGAGAAACUCGAUCAUAAGAUCUCCAAUGAAGCUAAAGAAGGAAGGCUUGAGGGUAAUAGUUCCAAGGAAGGCAAAGCUCGACGGCAUGUGACAAAGAACGGGCCUCCACAUGUAAAAGAGAAAAAAGGUCUACUUCCCCCUCCAUAUAGACCAGAAACAUCAGACUCUCUUCAGCUUAAAGAGCAACCAUUUAUCAAUCAAAAGGCUCAGACAUCUCAUCUUAUAGAAACCAAAUCUGGAAGUGACAAUGCAUCCCAAUUAGAAUUUACUUCCAGCUUGUGUAAGAUGCUGUCUGGCCUGAAAAGGGAAAAAGAAACAGUAAAUAGACAUUUCCAUGCAUUAGUAAUGGAAGAGGAAUAUGCUGAAUUUAGUUCUCAGAUGCAUCAGCCAUGGGGAGUGGGAUCUGCUGAAGACGACAUCGUAAAUGUUAAAGCCGCACUUUCUCCAGGCAUUUCUCCUCUAUUCUUCAAAGAUUCUAAGGAAGAACUGUCAGGAACUGGUAUGAUGCAUAACAGUGAGGUUGGUGUAAGCUUGGCAGUGAAUAACCAAGAAUCAGAGAACUGGUCUUUCUGGAGACUGGCACAAGAGGAGUUCAACUGGAAAGAUAUACCACUUUUUGACCAGGAUACUGUGAUUUCUUCUGAUUCUGUGAGGGGUUGUGAAAUUGAAACCAGGACUUGCAAUUGUAUGCCAUUUCAGGCUGAUGGCAUGCCAUUGCACCUCCAUAUCCAAGGCCAUGAUAAGACAAUCCCUGAAGAUUCACCUGCUGCUAUUGGAAAUGAGGCCUCCACUUUGUUCAUGGGGGUCCAUCCUUCUCCAAAUGUCAUUACAGAUGUGGUGGAUAUGGAUACUAAAUGCGCAAGUGCUGAAGAUGCUGCUCACUGUUCCUACAUUGCUGGUGGUGAGGCACCAUCUGGUCUUGAACCGAAGGAUGGUGAAGCAGAAAAGGAGAAUGAUGGUGAGCUUAGAAUUGACCUUUCUCUAGAGGAGCUUGGCAUACACGAGUUGCAGAUUAUAAAGCGUGCUGACCUUGAGGAGCUGAGAGAACUAGGAUCUGGCACAUUUGGCACUGUCUAUCAUGGCAAAUGGAAAGGUUCAGAUGUUGCCAUUAAGCGAAUCAAGAGAAGCUCUUUCUUUGGGAGUUCAUCUGAUCAAGCACGCCUGAUCAGGGACUUCUGGAAGGAAGCAACCAUUCUUUCAAAACUCCAACAUCCGAAUGUUGUGACAUUCUAUGGAAUUGUAAAAGAUGGGCCUGGAGGAACAUUUGCCACAGUAACGGAGUACAUGGCGCAUGGCUCUCUUAAGGAUGUUUUGCAGCAGAAAGGCAGGUCCCUCGACCAACAGAAAAAACUCAAAUUUGCCAUGGAGACAGCAUUUGGUAUGGAGUAUUUGCAUUCAAAAAAUGUUAUCCAUUUUGAUCUCAAGUCUGAUAAUGUUCUGGUCAACCUGAGAAUUUGCAAGGUUACCGACUUUGGUAUGUCCAAAAUAAAAGAAAAUACAAUGGUUUCUGGGUGUAUGAAUGGAACCCUUCCAUGGAUGGCUCCAGAAUUACUAAAUGGAAAUUGCACUAAGGUCUCUGACAAGGUAGAUGUGUUCUCCUUUGGCAUUGUCUUGUGGGAAAUUCUAACAGGCGAGGAGCCUUAUGCUGAUAUCCCAGGUGGUGCAAUUAUUGGUGGGAUUGUAAACAAUACUCUAAGGCCACCAGUUCCAGACGGGUGUGAACCUGAAUGGAGGGCACUCAUGGAACAGUGCUGGUCUACCGAUCCUGCUUCUCGGCCUUCCUUCCCGGAGAUUGUUAAACGCCUGCGAAUGAUGUCUGAAAAGCUGGGAACUUCAGGCGAUAAGUCUAAACAAUAAAACGAUUUGUUGCUGUCCUCCAUCUGUUAUCUCCUGUGAAGCUGAUGCCCUCAGAAAAUGCCGUAUUCUCGUGUCAGCCUACCUUCGUCCACCUUUUCCGUUUUCUAAGUUGACAUGUGGUGUGCUUGUUCCUGUUUAGUCAACUUCCACGUAAAUAUUGAUUAGUGAUGGUGUUGUAGCCAAGGUCUCGUUGCCCGGAAAAUGUGGAACUCUGCUCACGUGUCUGUGCUCUGUUGUAAGUUUUGUGAUGACAAGAUUCUCCCUGUUAUUGGAGAGAUCCACCCAAUGAGAUAAAAGUUUUC